GUUUCAACGGUCAGUGGAUGAAGCAGAGGCCAGAGGGGGACCAACUGCAAAUUGUAUGCAAUCUUUGAUCAGAAAUUGCCUCUGUACCUCAUCCUCUCUCUUUCUCUCUCGCAAGCUGCACAACAGAACAGGCUGUCUAUGGUUAUGGAUGAUGUCCGGAAUGGUUCGUUGUUAAAAUGGCGCGUCAAUUAAAUGCAAUCCAUCACUGAUGUGAUUGUUUCAGGUUAACGAGUGGUUUCGAGUUCAAGUUCUGAAUAUGCAAUUCUGUUAAUUAUUGAGAGGAUUGCUUUCUGAGGAAGAUACUUGGUCUUAAACAAAAGAAAAUAAAAUGCAAUGCAUUUAGCUUUAGUUUUAUUGUGAGGCUAAUGGUGGUUGUUUUGUGACCUGUUUGUAGCCUUCUAGCCCUAGCUCAUCAUCCAUCUUGAUGGUGCAAUUUUGAGCUUUGAGUUGGGUGGCUGUCAUUUGAUUGAUGACCUUCCCAGUCAUGUCAUGAACCUUGUGGAUGUGUAGAGCAACUAUGGUGGAGAUGGCAUCAGGUGGAAAGGAAACUUCAUUUGCCAAACCAAAGAGAAUGAAGGGGUUCAUUGCCCAUCUUACAUCUGCAGCUUGUGAGUGGCUUUUGAUAUUUCUGCUGCUACUCGAUGCCUUGUUGUCAUAUCUGCUCACCAAGUUUGCGAGUUAUUGCCAACUGCAAUUGCCUUGUUUGUUGUGUUCUAGGCUUGAUCAUAUAUUGGGCCAUGAAAAGCCAGAAUUGUAUGAGAACCUAUUUUGCAGCAAUCACAAAUCAGAAAUAUCGUCUCUGGUUUCAUGUCAUAUUCAUGGUAAGCUAGCAGAUGGGAAUAAGAUGUGUGAUGAUUGUCUUUUGUCAGUCACUGCAAAGAACAAGCGCAGUGCAAAAACUCACAGAUUGUUGGUGGGUAAACUUGGGCUUGUUCUUGGUGGUUCUGGUUCCCAAAGCCCUUCACUGAGCAGGGAUCUGUUUGCUGGCCCUAAGGGCACAAGACAGUGUACUUGUUGUGGUAAGCUUUGGAAGUCAGACCAGAACUCCCCUAGAUCUAUCCAACGAAAAUCACCUGGGAGAUCUGUUCUUAAACCAUACAUUCCUUUGCCAUGUGCACCAAGGCAAAGCCGUUUAAAUCACCGGGAUAGCUUUAAGAAAACGAGGGAUAAACUUUCUGGAUCAGAGGGAAAAAGUAAUUUUCAGUCAUUAUCUCAUCUGGGAUACACCGAGCUGAGACUUAAUUCUGAUUCUGAGUCUGAAUUUCCAUUUUCUGAUGAUGAUGAUGUUAGUAGUGUGUUUUCUGAAAACUUUGAGGCCAGCAACUACCAUAUGGCUCAAAUUACAACUGCAUCUUCCGCAAAAUGUAUUCCGAGUGAUUCAAAUCCGUCAAAGCCGAAUUAUAGUUCUUCCAAACUCAUGCCUUUGCCUUCGGAUCAGUGUGUGGAGCCUAAUGUCAACAAACAGCAAGAUAUGAAUGCCAAUUGUGCAGAAGAAAUUAAUUUGCGGCAAGGAAAUCAAGAGCCAUUGAGUUCUGACCAGCCUGAGCUCAUUCCACUAGAUCAAGUUUCAUCAUCACCUAUAGUUGUGAAUGUUUCUAAUAGAGAAUCAGAAUCAAAAUACAGUAAGAUUGCUUGUCCUUCUCAGGAUUCUCUUCCUGUUCCCCUAUCCGAGCUUACAACUUUGAAUGGCACACAUGCACAAGAUGGAACGUCAUCAGAAAAAUCCGCAGCACAUGUUUCACAAACAAGUGAUGCCGGAAUGGUAUCAGAAAAGAAUGCGAAAGAUUUAGAGAAGAUUGAUGCAGGGGAAAAAGCAUCUGAUGAAACUAAGCCAGUGGUGUGUGAUUCUGCUCCUAUAAAUCCUAUACAAGAUAAUUCAAGCAAUGCGAAUAAGUCCUCUGCUGCCACUAAGGAAAGAGAAGAAAAUGGUUUUAUCAUAGAGCAGCCAACCACUGAGGAAGUUGAUAAAGUCGAGGAAGAACUGGAGCAAUCACCAUUAGAGAUUUCUUCUCAAGGGUAUAAUGCAUCAUCAGCUGUUCCCAUAAAUCAUGUUCACUCACCCGAGACACAAGCUGAGACUUCUAGCUCAAAUGAAGUUCAGGUACUUCGAAAGUCAUCCUCGGUGGAAUCUGGUCUUGGGUCUCUGGAUGAGAGCAAUAUUACUGAAAUUGAAGGGGAGUCUAGUGUUGAUCGAUUGCAGCGACAAAUUGAGUAUUACAAGAAAUGCAUGGAUUCUUUACAGAAGGAACUGGAGGAAGAAAGAAACGCUUCUGCUGUCGCCACAAAUGAAGCAAUGUCUAUGAUUACAAGGUUGCAGGAGGAGAAGGCAGCACUGCAGAUGGAGUCUCUUCAAUAUUUGAGAAUGAUGGAAGAGCAAGCAGAAUAUGAUAAUGAUGAAUUGGAGAAAGUUAAUGAUCUACUCACAGAUAAGGAAAAAGAGAUACAAGAUUUGGAAGCCGAGCUGGAAUUUUAUAGAUCAAACAUGACGGUUGAUGAGCCUAUGGUCCAAAAUAUGCACAAGGAAAGUUUGGAUUUGAAAGGAGAAAACGUGACAGAGCAAAAUACUUGUGUGCAUAACAUAACCAAUACUGUAAGCAAAUUUUCCGGUUCAAAGAAUGCCGAGGUAUCCAAGGUUGGUAAUGAAGCUGUGACCGGCAGAAUCACGUUUUUGGAAUUCGAAGAGGAAAAGGAAUACAUUUCUCAAUGUUUGAAAAAUUUGGAAGAGAAGGUUCAUCAAAUUUGUGUACAUUCGCCUAAUGUUAGACCUGAGAAACUUGAAGUCAGUAAAUCAAAUAAACAAAGAGCUUCUAAUGGUGAAGGGCCUCAAUUAGAUGGUCAUGAAGAGACCUGUUUGUCCCCACUGAAAAACAUUAAUACGUUGAAUGGAAAUCAUGUGAAUAAGGAUGGAUCAGCUGCUUUGGAUAGCGAUGUUUGUUCUCUUAAUGUAGAAAAUAAUCAUCCAACAUCUCCUGGACUUGUAAUCUCCACGCCUAGAAGAGAAGUUGAGUUGGAGUUGUUUGCUCUAGAAAAUGAAAUAUCAGAUCUUAAUGACAGGUUGGAAGCACUUGAGUUUGAUCAUGAUCUUCUCGAGCACCUAACAAAUUCUCUUCAAAAUGGCAAUGAUGGAAAACAAUUUAUUAAAGACAUAGCUCAUCGGUUGCAAGAGCUACGGAAAAUUGGAAUAAGGUGAAGAUGGUAAGCAUAUAAACAGAAGUGUUUUUAGUUCUUGCUUUGUUUUUAGGCACAAAUAAACUUUCAUACGGUAUAUUAUAAAACACUGUCUACUCUCGUGUCAAAAGAGGUGUUAUGAAUCCACCCUUAAUCUUCUCAAUUUGCUUGUUCAAUGAUUACGGAAGUUUAUGAACAGAUUUUACAAAUUUUGUAAGUCUCAUUUACAUGUUAAGCUGAGUCUGCUUCAAAUGUUGGUCUUGCUUUAAAAUCUAAUGAUAAGAUCAAGUUUAUAAUGUCCGACACAAUUUGUAGAAGGUUAUAACAGUUAAGUUCUGCUUGGUCCUUAAACUGGAUCUUGUCAAGUUUUCAAGCCUGAACUCCUUUAUGUGUUAGCAGAUUAACCUGUCAUUUUGUACCAAUGUUAUUUUGCUAGUGCAUGCUUUGGCAUGAAUAACUUACGCAUAUGGUAUUAUCUUU